AUGGAAGGAGAAAACCAAACAGUUCUGUUUGAGUUUAUCAUCUUGGGAUUCUCCAACUUAAAAGAGUUACAAUUUUUACUUUUCACCAUCUUCCUUGUAACUUAUAUCUGUACUUUGGGAGGAAAUAGCUUCAUAAUUUUGGUAACCAUGACUGAUCUGCACCUGCAUACACCUAUGUAUUUUUUUCUGGAAAACUUAGCUUUUCUUGACAUCUGCUACACCACCACUAAUGUUCCCCAGAUGAUGGUGCAUCUUCUGUCAGAGAAAAAAAGGAUUUCCUAUUUAGGUUGCAUGGCACAACUUUUUGCAUUUAUUUUUUUUGUUGGCUCAGAGUCCCUGCUCCUGGCAGCAAUGGCAUAUGAUCGCUACAUUGCAAUCUGUAAGCCCUUGAGGUAUUCAGUUAUUAUGAACAAGGUUCUGUAUAGCCAGUUAGCAGCUUCCUGCUGGUCUGGUGGUUUCCUCAAUUCAGCGGUGCACACAGUACUGACAUUCCAACUGCCCUUCUGUGGCAACAACCAGAUUAAUUAUUUCUUCUGUGAUAUACCUCCUUUGUUGGUCUUGUCUUGCGGGGACACUUCUGUCAAUGAAUUGGCACUACUAUCCAUUGGGGUCGUCAUUGGUUGGACUCCUUUCCUGGGUAUUGUCCUUUCCUACCUCUAUAUUAUCUCCACCAUCUUGAGGAUCCGAUCGUCCAAGGGGAGACAAAAGGCCUUUUCCACCUGUGCCUCCCACCUGACCAUUGUCCUUCUCUAUUAUGGCAGCGCCAUCUUCACAUAUGGACGACCCAUCUCAACAUAUUCACUGGAGAAAGACAGGCUGAUCUCAGUAUUGUAUAGUAUUGUUACCCCCAUGCUAAAUCCUAUAAUCUACUCCUUGAGGAAUAAGGAUAUUCAAGAGGCUAUGCAAGUUAUGGGGAGAAAGUGGAAGGCUUCAAGCUCCCUCUCUUUUAACGUGUAA